CCCCAGGAGCUGGGCCGGAAGAUGGCGGCGGCCGCGGAGCUGAGGCUGCUGGAGAAGUCUCUGGGACUGAGGCCGGGGAAUAAGUACAGCGCCCAGGGCGAGCGGCAGAUUCCAGUUCUACAAACAAACAAUGGUCCAAGUCUAAUGGGAUUGAGUACCAUUGCGACCCAUCUAGUCAAGCAAGCCAAGAAGGAACACUUGCUGGGGAGCACUGCAGAAGAAAAGGCAGUAGUUCAGCAGUGGCUAGAGUUCAGGGUCACUCGAGUAGACGGACACUCCAGUAAAGAAGAGACCCACACGCUGCUGAAGGAUCUUAAUUCCUAUCUUGAAGAUAAAGUCUACCUGGCAGGACAUAGCAUUACGCUGGCGGACAUCCUACUAUACUACGGGCUUCAUCGCUUUAUAGCACUGUUUACUGAGGUGAAGCUAACUGCUGGAGGGAAUUAAAUGCAUUCCUCUAAAGCUAAAGACUUUCUCUUGUUAGGCAUAUUGAAAGAUGGAGUGACUAAACUGGACUUCGCCAUCUCAUUGUUUCAGCGAGAGCCCGCAAGCCCUCAGUCUGCAUCACAGCACUGAGCAUAGCAGAGACGCUGUUAGCCAGGGCUCCGUUCAUGCUGUAGCUCUCACUGGUAUAAUAGGUCAUUGACAGUUAAAGAGCUUGUCUUUCCAAUUAAGAGAAGUGGAGCCAGGCAUAGCAUGGCCUUUCAUGUUUGUGUGGCUAAGUGAGAAAGAGCCACAGACCUAAGGCCAGCCUAGACUGUACAGGGAGACUAAAACAUUGAAGAGCUGGAGUGUAAAUCAAUAAUGGAGUACAUGCCCAGCAUGCACAAGGUCCUGUGUUCGGUCCCCAUUGCCAGGAGAGACAGAAGGGAGAGAAUUUUAGGUGGUAUGAUUCAAAGUUCCAGGGAAAGAGCUAAAAAUUUGUGAAUAUUGAGCGCUCUGAGUCCUGUUUUUAUCAUUAAGCAUAUGAUUUUAAGCAAAGCAAAAUCCCCACUUUGUUUUUGGUCUUUCAAGACAGGGUUUCCCUGUAUAACAGCCCAGGCCGUCCUGAACUCACUUUGUAAACCAGGCCGACCCCACACUCAGAGAUCUGCCUGCCUCUGUCUCCUGAGUGCUGAGAUUACAGGUGUGUGUCACCACCUCCCACCAAAAGCCCCACUUCUAAACAUUACUACAAUAGAAACCAAGUUUUCAGCCCUUGCACUUUGGGAGACACCUUGGUUCCAAAGUGUAAGUGUUCGGUAAAAUAAAUGUAUUUAAAAUUUUAAAGACCAAAUGAAAUGGGUACACACCCAUUAUAUAGCUCAGUAAAGUAGCUUAAUAAAUGAGAAUUGGACAGACUGCUCUCAGCCUCUGUCAGUGAUGUGACGCUGGCUAAGUCAAUGCAUCUGGUGAAAUCCGUCUCUUGAAGCAGAGGUAAAGAGCACUAAUCUUGCCUCACUACCAAUGAUAAUCAUAAAAACUACAGCCAGCCUCUUCCCACCCACCAUACCUAAGAUGCCAGGCUACUCAGUGUGUGAAUCCAUCUGAGAGAAGACAAAAAGCAGCAGCACAUCAUAUAAAUGUGGGGGGGGAAAACAUUCACACAGUGAAUGGCAUUACAGUCGGUCCUUGCUUCCUUCAAGAUGCUGAGCGAGAGACCAUACUAUUGUCUAUAACUUGCUUCUGCCGUGUCUGUGAGAUGCACCCAAAAUGUGGCCACUCAAAUGUAUGCUGUUCCUUUUCGAAAAGUAAAUGCCUCCUUCCCACCAUUUCUCUCUAUAAUGCCCCAAAACCUGCUUGACUGACCAUUCAGUGAUUGCCCCAAGUGUGUGUUCAGCUCUUGCCAUUGAUAGGCUUCAAGACUUGGGCAUACCAUACAAUACAUUCUUGCCCUCAGAGAAUCUACAGCCUGUCUUACCUGUGAACAGGCCCUGAGGCAGGGCACACAAAGCAUUCUUUUUGGGGGCUGCCUGACCCCACCAUUCUCUGGAAAUAAAAUACUAAGUAUUGA